ACCCCAGUAUUCUGGCUGAAGUCAACGAGUGGAAAAAGGCCCUGGCAAAUUACUCCUCCCAGUAUGUGGGGCAGACCUUGGUGUAUCUCAAUGGAACGUUUGAAGAGUGCAGGUUCCGAGAAUGCAACCUGGGAAACCUAAUCUGUGACGCUAUGGUACACCACAACAUUAAAUAUGCAGAUGAGCUUCAAUGGAACCAUGUUAGCUCCUGCAUCCUCCAAGGGGGAUCGAUACGGUCAUCCAUAGAUGAGCGGAGUCGAAACGGUUCCAUUACGAUGGAGGACCUCAUUGCUGUGUUGCCGUUUGGAGGCACCUAUGAUCUGGUUCAGCUGAAGGGAUCUACUCUGAGGAAGGCUUUUGAGCACUCCGUCAGGAGAUAUGGAGGGAACACAGGGGAAUUCCUUCAAGUAUCAGGUAUCAGACACUGUUUUAUUUUAAUUGGUACGGAGGGUCACAAUAUGACAUCAUGCAGGGGCAGUUACGCUGAGUGUACAAAACAUUAGGAGCAUCUUCCUAAUAUUGAGUUGCACCCCCCUUUGCCCUCAGAACAGCCUCAUUCGUCUGGGAAUAGACUACAAAGGGUCGAAAGCAUUCCACAGGGAUGCUGGCCAAUGUUGACUCCAACAACUAAUGCUACUG